CGGGAAAUCUCCCCAGAUGCAGCCGAGAAGGGCUGAAGGCAUGUUCCGGGGUUCGGCACAAGCCCGCAACUCCCCGGGGUCCCUCCCCCCGUCCGGGGCCGCCCCUGCAAACACCGAGGGUGGCGGGACACGGCAGAGUCUCCCUCGGCUGGGGAAGGGGCCCCGCUGCCCCUCCCCUCUUCCCGAACGUUCCCCGGCCCCAGAGCCUGGCAACCGCCGGCUCCCCGGAAUCCCGGCCUCCCUCGCGAACCCCUCCGCGCGGCCGCCCUCACCCCGGGCUCACCAGGGGUCCGGGGCCAUCGCGCUGUCUCCGCCCGCCUUCGGACACUUCCUGCUCGCGGCAGCUGACUACGGCGGCCCGCGCGGCUCACACCCCGCGGUUCGGCCCGGGCGCGACCGGAACCUGCCGUUUCCCCCGGUGCGUGUGCGCUGCGGCCUCCAAGGACAUGUGCCCACUGGUCUGAAAUGCCAUCCUGACCAGGAACAUUUGAUUUUCCCCCUGGGCUGCACAGUCCUGAUCCAGGCAAUAAAUACUCAGGAACAGAACUUCCUGCACGGCCACAGCAACAACGUCUCCUGUGUGGCCAUCUCCAAGAGUGGGCUGUACCUUGCCUCCGGGCAAGUCACAUUCAUGGGUUUCAAGGCAGAUAUCAUUCUGUGGGAUUAUAAGAAAAGGGAGCUGAUUGCCCGGCUGUCACUUCACAAGGGCAAAAUCGAAGCACUGGCCUUUUCACCAAAUGAUUUGUACUUGGUAUCACUAGGAGGCCCAGACGACGGAAGUGUGGUGGUGUGGAACAUAGCCAAGAGAGAAGCCAUCUGUGGCAGCCCGGCGGCCGGCCUCAACGUGGGGAAUGCCACGACAGUGAUCUUCUCGAGGUGCCGAGACAAGAUGUUCGUUACCGCCGGAAACGGGACAAUUCGAGUAUGGGAACUGGAUCUCCCAAAUAGAAAAAUCUGGCCAACAGAGUGCCAGACCGGUCAGAUGAAAAGAAUAGUCAUGUGUAUUACAAUUGCCGUCGAUGAUAGCUUUUUCUACCUUGGUACCACAACUGGAGAUAUUCUGAAAAUGAACCCAAGGACCAAGCUGCUGGCAGACACUGGGCCUGCGAAGGACAAAUUCAGCCUGGGAGUGUCCACCAUCAAGUGCCUGAAGAUGGGGGGGUUGUUGGUGGGUUCCGGAGCCGGAUUGCUGGUCUUCUGUAAAAGCCCCAGCUACAAACCCAUCAAGAAAAUCCAGUUACAAGGUGGCAUCACUUCUAUCACCCUUCGAGGGGAAGGACACCACUUUUUUGUAGGAACGGAAGAAUCCCACAUUUAUCGGGUCAACUUCACGGAUUUCAAAGAGACUCUCAUUGCAACCUGUCACUUUGAAGCUGUCCAGGACAUUGUCUUUCCAUUUGGCACCGCCGAGCUGUUUGCCACCUGUGCCAAGAAAGACAUCAGGGUGUGGCACACGCUAUCCAACCGGGAGCUGCUGCGGAUCACCGUGCCCAACAUGACCUGCCACGGCAUCGACUUCAUGAGAGACGGCAAGAGCAUCAUUUCCGCGUGGGACGACGGUAGAAUCCGAGCCUUCGCCCCAGAGACGGGCCGGUUGAUGUAUGUCAUUAACAACGCCCACAGGAUCGGAGUGACAGCUAUCGCUACCACCAGUGACUGUAAAAGGGUCAUCAGCGGCGGUGGGGAAGGGGAGGUGAGGGUGUGGCAGAUAGGCUGCCAGACCCAGAAGCUGGAGGAGGCCCUGAAGGAGCAUAAAUCCUCUGUGUCCUGCAUUAGGGUGAAGAACAACAACCUGGAGUGUGUCACAGCCAGCACGGAUGGCACUUGCAUCAUUUGGGACCUUGUGCGUCUUCGGAGGAAUCAGAUGAUCCUGGCAAACACCUUAUUCCAGUGUGUUUGUUACCACCCCGAAGAGUUCCAGAUCAUCACCAGUGGCACAGACAGAAAGAUUGCUUACUGGGAAGUAUUUGAUGGGUCAGUGAUCAGAGAGUUGGAAGGUUCCUUGUCCGGGUCAAUCAACGGAAUGGAUAUCACCACGGAAGGAGUGCACUUUGUCACAGGUGGGAAUGACCAUUUGGUCAAAGUUUGGGAUUAUAACGGAGGUGAGGUGACUCAUGUUGGGGUGGGGCACAGUGGCAACAUCACCCGCAUCCGGAUAAGUCCAGGAAAUCAGUACAUUGUUAGUGUAAGUGCUGACGGAGCUGUUUUGAGAUGGAAGUACCCAUUCACCUCCUGAGAGCUGCCGAGACUUCCGGGAUCUGGAAGGUUGACCUCACACAACUACAAGACGGGUCCUGACUUCUCACGUCUGUGAUUUUGUUCUUUAGUCAAAAUGUUUUAAGUUUUAAACUUUUCUUUAUAGAAUGCAUUUUAUCUUAUUAAAUUGCAUAUUAAAAUUGGAAUGUGUUCAAGAAUACGUUGUCUGGACUGUACAUUAGAAGUUUCUUUUUUAUGACGAAUAAAUGCCCAGUUGUUGGU